AAAUAUAUUUGUCUUUGGGCAGAGAGAAAGUGAGACACAGACCAAGAGAGAAGAGAGAAAUUCAUAAAAUUAAGUCUUGGAAUUGUCCAUGGACAAACAGUUAUCUGAACAAUGAUUCUAAAAAUUUUCAAAAACUCUACGGAUUCUAGGGAUUCUAGCUCAAAUAACUUCUUCAUAUUACUGUUAAAUGUAGCAAUCUCUAAUGAUGUAUCUUUGCAUUUGUUGGUGCUAAAGCAAAUUAGACCAGGUCUCCAAGUUCUAUGAUGGCGAUGAAGGUAUUGAUAUUCACCAGUCAUAUUGCACCACGAUCACGAAAAUGGUGCAUUACCUGGUGUCAUCAGUCACCUUCAGAAUAUUUGGAAUUCUGCUGAUCUUUCUGGACAUAUUUCUUAUGGCUAUAGAUCUACAUCUCCACAACAGCAAUUUUUACAUUCCUUUGGGAUACCGCUCACUUUCUUUUGCUAUUGCUUUGUUCUUCCUCGUGGAUGUUCUCCUUCGAGUGUACGUAGAAGGGAGACAGAAUUACUUUUCUGAUUUACUGAACACCCUAGACGCCGUCGUUAUUGGUGUGACCCUGCUCAUUGCGCUCACUUACGUACUUUAUGACAAGAAGUUUCUUAGAGAUAUCCCAAGAUUGGCAGUUUUAUUUCGACCUCUGCGACUUCUUAUUCUGAUAAGAAUUUUGCAGCUGGCUCACCAAAAAAGGCACCUUGAAAAGCUGACUAGGCAGCUGGUUUCCAAAAACAAAAGACGGUUCAAGAAGGAUGGGUUUGACCUGGACCUCACUUACGUUACUGAUCGUAUUAUUGCCAUGUCUUUUCCAUCAUCUGGAGGACAGUCCUUCUACAGAAAUCCAAUUGAGGAGGUUGUGCGGUUCCUUGACUCCAAGCAUCCAGACCACUAUCAAGUCUACAAUCUAUGCAGUGAGAGUGCUUAUGACCCUAAGAACUUCCACUACCGGGUCCGCAGAAUCAUGGUUGAUGAUCAUAAUGUCCCCACUCUUGAGGAAAUGUUAUUGUUCUCCAAGGAAGUAAAUGAUUGGAUGGCUCAACACCCUGAAAACAUUGUGGCGAUUCACUGUAUGGGAGGAAAAGGAAGAACGGGAACAAUGGUCUGUGCCUGCCUCAUUGCCGGUGAAAUAGUUUUAAAUGCAAAGGAAAGUCUUUACAUUUUUGGGGAGAGGCGAACAGAUAAAACCAGCAGCUCUAAGUUCCAAGGAAUCGAGACCCCUUCUCAGAAUAGAUACGUUAAAUAUUUUGAAAAACUGAAAAUCAGCUACCAAAGCAAACUCCCUCCAAGAAUACUACUGGUGAUAAAAAGAUUCAUUAUUUAUUCCAUUCAUGGUGUUGGAAAAGGUGAUGGAAGCGAUCUAGAAAUUCAAAUAAUAAUGUGGCAGGAGACUAUAUUUUCCUGUUUUUCUUCCAAAAAUUGUAUGAUAUUUCAUGAUGUUGAAACAGACAGAGUAAUAAUUGAUGUAUUCAAAUGUCCAGCUCUAUAUGAGGAUGUGAAAGUGAAAUUUCUCUGUCCGAAUCUUCCUAAAUACUAUGAUGACUGCCCCUUUUUCUUUUGGUUUCAUACAGCUUUUAUACGAAAAAACAGGCUUUAUCUACCAAGAAAUGAAUUGGAUAAUCCCCAUAAAUCAAAAACGUGGAAUAUUUACAGUUCAAAUUUUGCAGUAGAGGUGUAUUUUGAAGAGAUAUAGCCUGAGGCUGUAGAGUAGCUGUUGGAGACGUGCUAGUCCCUUCUCGGAUAGAAUCAUGUUCUUCCCAAUCCAAGCUACAUAUUUAUGUCUUCUAACCUAUGUCUUUGAUGGCAUGUCUGCAUUAUACAUAUAUAUAUGUGUGUGUGUGUGUACAUAUGUUUCUGAGAAAUAUAUUAAAUGUAUACAGGAAAAAUG